GCCAUGUUGGCUCAAGUUCGAAACCUUGCCGCGAGGUUUCGAGCUUGUCCGCAGCUGUGCGGCAGGCUCGAGUCAGCUGGGGGCGGCCUCAGGGGUCAUUUUGCAACCACGACACUCCUGCAGGGGGUGUGUCUGCUUUUCUCGUUCUUCCAGCUGCGCUCGCUCCCGUCGCCGCGAUGUCGUGGCGCCAGCGCGCCCCCUGGCGUGGCGACGGGCGUCGUAAGAACCCCCAGGGCCAGGGCAAGCCGUAUGAUGUUUGCGGGGAUUGCGGCCACUGGGAGAACAAGUCCUUCGGCAAUUUCUGUUGUUCGAAAUGCGGGGGCGAGUAUGUCACGGCGAGCGGGACCCGCGGCCCAGGUGAUGCAGGUCGUGGGCACGGAGGCCGCGGUGCUGGUGCAGCACCCGCAUGCGCCAAUGUUGACAGUGCUGAUCUGCGUGCCGCCGCCGUUCUUCUGCUCGCUGCGAAGCCCGAGUUUCGAGAUGGACUUGCUCAAUUUGUUCAAGAUGAGGCCCCAGUCGAGCCUGAAUGGUCUGCGGCACGUCUGCAGGGUGCUGCCAGUGCCGAGCGCACCCGCUUCACUCGCGUCGUCGAAGAUGCAGCGAAGGCGGUGCGCUUGGCCUCCCAAGAUGUACAUCAUCGUAAGACGAAGGUGCAGAAGCUCGAGGAGCAGCUGGUCGAGGCUAGGGCAUUCCUGGCCACGGACACGGCUGCGCACGAGAAGGCUUCACAGGACAAGCGUGACGCUGAUGAGGCGCUCCAGCACUUCAACGAGGAGACGUGGAUGGAGGAGAAGCGCAAGGAUCAACGUCGUGCUCGUGAAGAAGCUGAAGCUGCUGUUCGGGGGCCUCCACAGGGAGCUGAGGUACACGGAGGAGACGGAGCACGCUGGGGCCGUCUUGGGCGCCUCUGGGGCCGUCAUGGCGCGCUCUUGGCGGCCUCGUGGGCCGUAUUCAUCGCCGUGAAGGAGGAAGAGUCGCACAUGCCAAAAACAGACGCUUUCCCAAAGGAAUCAAACGAUUUCGGCUUCUUGGGCCUCUCUUCGCUAGCCAGUCGGAAGCGUCUUGGAGCGCGUUGGCGGCUGCAUGGGCCGUCUUGGGCCCAUCUUGGGCGUCCUCAAGCGAGCA